UAGCACACAAACCCUAACCCUAGGCCCCCACCGCCAUGGCCAGCGGCAACAUUUACAUCUCCAUCAUCGGAGAUGUCGUGGCCAAGGUUACCAAGUGCUUCAUCGCCGACGGCGCUGGCGAUGCCGUCCUCAACGAGCUGCAGUCUCUCUGGGAGACGAAGUUGCUGCACUGUGGCGCAAUCUCAGGGAACACCGACCGCAACAGGGCUCCCCCAGCGUCCGCUUCACCCGUGCGCGACCUCAACGUGCCCUACGAGGCCACGUCCGAGGAGUACGCCACCCCAACCGCCGACAUGCUCUUCCCACCGACGCCGAUCCAGACACCACUUCCAGCUGGGAUUGAUACGGGGCCGUGGGACUAUGCCCCAUCGCCGAUCGGUGACAUGAGAAACGGGAUGGGGAUGAUGAACGGGGCUGAUCCAGAAACUGGCCGCCCAAGCCCUUUCAUGCAACCUCCAUCGCCCUGGAUGAAUCAGAGACCACUGGGGGCUAAUGUGAACCUUGCUUUUGCUUAUGAUGAGGAGAUCCGGACGAUGGUGCAACCCCAGCCACUGACGACUAAGGAUUUUCUCGUGAUGUCUUGUGGAAAACGGACGAGGGAUGAAUAUCCUUCGGCUGCUUCAUUUGUGCCACAACAGGAUGGAUGUGCAGACCAGGUUGCGGGUGGUGUUGAUGAUGAAGAACCUCCUCUUAAUGAAGAUGACGACGACGUAGAUGACUUUGAUGACACGCAGCACCUUGUCCUGGCACAGUUUGACAAGAUAACAAGGACAAAGAAUCGCUGGAGGUGCACUUUGAAGGAUGGAAUCAUGCAUUUGAACGGCAGAGAUGUUCUAUUCAGCAAGGCUUCAGGAGAGUUUGAUUUUUGAAUUCAUUUCAUGGUAAUUAAAGAUGAUGUUUUA